AUGGAAAUUAGCAUUGAGAAAAUAAAGCCAUCUACACCAACACCCCGUCACCUUCAAAUUUACAACAUUUCUCAGCUUGAUCAGAUGAUUCCUUGUGUCUACGUCCCCUUAGUGUUAUACUUUUGCAGCGAUAACAGCAACAACAACAACGAUGACAGAAUACAACAUCUAAAGGAAUCACUUUCUCGAACUCUGGUAACCUUCUAUCCCUUUGCCGGAGUUAUCAGAGAUGCCCUCUCCGCCGAUUGCAGCGACCAAGGCCUUCCAUUCUUCGUCGCCAAGGUGAAAUCCCAAAUGAAAGAUUUUCUUCGAAACCCUAAUUUUGAAUUCAUCAACAAGUUCUUCCCUCGUGAGUGCGACAUGGAGAAACAGCCAGGCCCCGGUGACAGCGUAAUGCUGAUUCAGCUGAACUGUUUCGACUGCGGAGGCAUUGCCAUGUCUAUUACCUUUGCCCAUUAUAUUGCAGACAUGUCUUCAGUCUCCACAUUUCUCCGAUGUUGGGCUGCCAAUGCACGGGGAUUAGGGUUUAUCUCUCAACUUUCACCCUUACUUUGUACUGCGCAAUCUUCUUUCCCACAGAAUCCCUCAUUUCCAAACAAGUUAAUCCCUAUGUUAAAUUAUCUUAAAUACUCGAGCCGUGGGAAGUUUGUGACGAGAAGAUACGUUUUCGAUGCCUCUGCUCUGUCCUUUCUCAAGGCCCAACUGAAUAGCUCAGCCGCGUCGCGUGUGAAUGUUGUGACGGGAUUGGUAUGGAAAUGCUUCAUGGAGGCUGUGGCGGAAGAGACCAACGGGAAACCCUUCUUGAUGGCACAAUCGGUCAACCUCCGGAAACGGGCUGUGCCCCCGUUUCCGGAGGAUAGUUUUGGUAAUAUGAUUGUGGUGCCGAAUAUUGUGUGCAGAAGCCCACAAGAAAAGGAGUUAGGAGAUUUAGUGUGGGAGGUGAAAAAAGGGGUAGAAAAUAUCGAUGGUGAGUUUGUGAGACGUUUGGAGGGUGGUGGUUUGGGUGAAUAUUUGGAGGAGUUGAGGAAUGAGAUGCCUCAACAAGCUAAUGUGCUUGUUUUUAGUAGUUGGGUAAAUAUGGGUCUUAACGAGGUUGAUUUUGGGUGGGGGAAACCCGUGUGGCUGUCAGGCUAUAUUACGCAAAACUCGGAAUCGGAGACAGUGGCUGUGUGUAAUUGUGUGACGUUGAUGGAUAGUAGAGACGGAGGAAUUGAAGCGUCGGCUAUUUUUGAUCUGAAAUACGUUGCAGGGUUUGAGAAAAAUGACCUGAUUCGUAGUUAUGCUCAUGUUAACCCUACUGUGAUUUGA